GGAAACAGAAACAGGCUUCGACAGAAAAGAGAGAGGAAUGAAGAGCCUUCUGCUUCAAUUUUUUCUUUUUAUAACGUUUUCAUCUGCAUUUCCUACAGAACAAAAGAUGGACACUGAAGAAAACAUGCAACUGGCACAGGCGUAUCUCAACCAGUUCUACUCUCUUGAAAUAGAAGGGAGUCAUCUUGCUCAAAGCAAGAACAAGAGUCUCUUAGUUGGCAAAAUUCGGGAAAUGCAAGCAUUUUUUGGAUUGACAGUGACUGGACAACUGGACUCAAACACUCUUGAGAUCAUGAAGACACCCAGGUGUGGAGUCCCUGAUGUGGGUCAGUAUGGCUACACCCUUCCAGGGUGGAGAAAAUACAACCUCACGUACAGAAUUGUAAACUAUACUCCAGAUAUGGCACGAGUGGAUGUGGACAAGGCUAUCCAGAAUGGCCUAGAAGUGUGGAGUGGAGUUACUCCGCUGACAUUCACCAAGAUUUCCAAGGGGAUUGCAGACAUCAUGAUUGCCUUUAGGACCCGAGUCCACGGCUGGUGUCCUCGUUAUUUUGAUGGCCCCUUGGGAGUCCUCGGCCAUGCCUUUCCUCCUGGUCUGGGUUUGGGUGGAGACACUCACUUCGACGAAGAUGAAAAUUGGACCAAGGAUGGAGCAGGAUUCAACUUAUUUCUCGUGGCUGCUCAUGAAUUUGGUCAUGCACUGGGACUCUCUCACUCCAAUGAUCAAACAGCUUUGAUGUUUCCAAAUUAUGUCUCCCUGGAUCCUAACAAAUACCCACUUUCUCAGGACGAUAUUAAUGGAAUCCAAUCUAUCUAUGGGAGUCUACCUAAGGCAUCUGCUAAGCCAAAGGAAUCCACUAUACUCCAUGCCUGUGACCCUGAUUUGACUUUUGAUGCUAUCACCACUUUCCGCAGAGAAGUAAUGUUCUUUAAAGGCAGACACGUAUGGAGGAUCUAUUACGACAUCACUGAUGUUGAAUUUGAACUGAUCUCUUCAUUCUGGCCCUCUCUGCCAGCCGAUAUUCAAGCUGCAUAUGAGAACCCCAAAGAUAAGAUGCUAGUGUUUAAAGAUGACAACUUCUGGAUGAUCAGAGGAUAUGCUGUCUUGCCAGAUUUUCCCAAACCCAUCCGUACACUUGGCUUUCCAAGAAGCGUGAAGAAAAUUGAUGCAGCUGUCUGUGACCAGAGCACUAGAAAAACCUACUUCUUUGUGGGCAUUUGGUGCUGGAGGUAUGAUGAAGUGACCCAAACCAUGGACAAAGGGUACCCGCGGAGGGUGGUGAAGUACUUCCCGGGAGUUGGUCUCCGAGUCGAUGCUGCUUUCCAGCAUAAAGGAUUCUUCUAUUUCUUCCGUGGAUCAAAGCAAUUUGAAUAUGACCUUAAGGCAAAGAACAUCACCAGAAUAAUGAAAAUUAAUACCUGGUUUCGGUGUAAAGAACCAUUAAACGUAUCAUCUGAUUUUAGUAUCAGUGAUGAAGUCCAUUCAGGAGGAGUAGAGACAUUUUAUCAUAAGAAUUUAAAUUUGCUUAUUUUCAAUAUUGUUCAUGUGCUGAAAAAAAUCUAUAGUUAUCAAUAAAAUUCAUAGACUGAAAGUAAA